AGUAAGUGCACUAAAACCAACAAAUAGAAAUCUCUUUUUCUCUCUCUCCAUAUCUCUGUCCUUUCUUCUUCUUGCUUUAUUCCAUUUGUUAUCUGAGCUGUUUAAAGCAAAAAAAAAUUAAUGGAUUCUGGAAAUAACAGUGCUAGUUUGCAGUCAUCAAGUACUGGUGGUGUUGGUGGUGGUGUUGGUGAUGAAGAGUACGAUUCACGUGCUGCUUCUCAAUCUUUUUCUACAGCUUUUCACACACAAAAUUCCUCCAUGUUUGACCCUUUUAUCAACUUUUUCGACCCCGUAUCCCGCCCCCAACCACCACCACUACCACUACCACUACCACCUCCGUCACAGAACACCCAAAAUUCAAUUUACGAUCUCGAAUUCCAUUGGAACAGUAAAAGGAUAAGAACCGAUCAGCCCAACAACCCGAUGUUAUUACCAUUAUCUGAUUUUAAUAAUUCGUUAUCCUUUGAUACUACUACUGGUAGUAUUUCUUUCCCAUCAAGAUCAGAAGAACACCACGCCGUUGGUGGAAAUGUGAGUGCUACUACUAUUACCGAGCAGCCGGCAGGUGCAGCUGCAGCGGAUCAACAACAGGCACGGAAUACGAAGAAAAGAUCGAGAGCUUCGAGGAAGGCACCAACUACUGUGUUGACAACAGAUACAACUAAUUUCAGAGCUAUGGUUCAAGAAUUUACAGGGAUUCCUGGACCACCUUUUACUCCUCCUUCCUAUUUUCCUAUUAGAAACAGAUUUGAUUUAUUUGCUUCUGCCCCUAAUUCUGCUGUAAGAUCUGUUCCUCCUCCUCCUCCUCCUGUAGCUAAUAACAAUCCUAAUUUCUUCAUUUCACAACCAUCGUCUAAUUAUCUACCGAGGCCGUUCCCUCAGCCACCACCACCCUAUCUUUCUCCUUCUUCAUCAUCCUCACCGUUAGUGUUGAAUCGUUUACCUAUCAACAUUGCUUCUGCUUCAUCAUCAACUACUAGUGCUACUAAUUCUGCUAUUAACUAUCAACUUCCCACCGGAGUUGCCAAUUCUGUCGGACAAGGCUCUAAUAAUUUCAAUUCAAUUCAACACAACUCAAUCUUCACAUCACUUCUUCAAUGUUCUCAAAAAUACCCAUUUGGGUUGAAACAACAACAACAAUUCCAAAUGCCAUCAAAUAACAUCUCUCAAUUCCAAAUGCCAUCAAAUAACAUCUCGCAAUUCCAAAUGCCAUCAAGAAUGAACAGCAGCGUCCAGCAUGGACAUCUUCUGACUGAGCUUCCCAAUCUGAUUUCUGAAGAACAAGCAGCAACAGCAUCGUCCAUCAACGACAGCACUAUCAAUGCAACAAAUUUUCAUGGCAAUAAGUUAGUGCAGGAAACAGUCAACGCAACAAAUUUUCAUGGCGAUAAUUUGCAGGAAACAGUGGUUGCAACAAAUUUUCAUGGUGAUAAGGUGCAGGAAACAGUAGCUGCAACCAAGGGUGUUGAAGGUAUGGUGGAAUCAUGGCUUCUUUCUACAGAUUAG